AUGGAAAUCAGUGGAUCAGAUGAACCUUGUCCAAGGGGCCUGGCCGAGAAAUACCGGUACCACCCUUUCAUUACGGCCAGAGCUGCACGUGAAGACAACGCUAGUGUCAGUGGGGCCCAGAGCGCGAGCCCCUUGGACUUGUCCGUGAGAAGAGCAAACAAUCGACUUGUUUCUUUCCCCAGAAUCGGGCUUAGCGAUAAGUUAAAAAAGCACCGAUAUCGUGGAAUGACGCAGGACAAUGAGGAGGGAGGAGUCACUGUGUCAAGAAGACGAGACGCGUCGCGUUGGUUCCAUCUCACGUGUCAAAUUUUCGAGUACCCUCAGUGGCGCGACAGGCGAAUUUCAAGUCCGAUGCCACUAGCGGGUAAUGCUAUGACUCCAGGAGAGGGUAUGACGCAGAACAAUGGCAAAUUCGUCCUGACGAGUGAUGCCGAGAAGUCCAGAGUUUUAGCCGAGAUUAUGCAGUUAGAGAGGCCGAAUAUCGGUGGUAGCCUGACAUUUUUCGAACAAGCAGGCUCCUCGGAGGAUGGCUGA